AUGCUCGGUGAAGGCUCGGCGGAGAGUUGGCGGAGACUUACAGUAUGACAAUUUUCUAAUUUCAGCGUUUGUUAACUCUUUUUGUCACCCUGAGCUACUUUAGCAUGGAAGGACCCAACCGAAGAUCCGUAAGUUUUUUUUAUUUUUUUAUUUUAUUUUUUAUACCUCUAAAUCAAGCUGUUCUAGGACUUGAUAAAUCGGAUUCUUUCUACUAUAUAUGCUUUUCCAGCCUUCACCAUUCAUACAUCUCCGAAUCGAGGCAACCCAAAGUAUCUGUCGUUGACCCGAAACGUCGUGGCGCCGAAAAGUAACCGUCUGUUCUUCGUAAUCAGCGUUUCAAAAAACCUUUCCUCGGCCAGUCUACGCUUGUUUACAGCGUACGACAAGAAAGGAGGGAGCCGGAGUUCGUUAUCAAGAUCUGGGCCGUUCGCUCUUUUAAGCGUUGGGAAUUACAAUCUGGACGCAGUUUUACUUUGGUAACUCGAAGGCACUUAGUUCUUUGUAGGUUUCUGAAAUUGUUUCUGUUGAAAAAACUGCUUUACUGUGUUUUUUCAAAAGUGUGUAGACUUCUUGUGGCGGCGCACGGUGAAUUUUGCCUUUUUUCUAUAACGCACAGUGCAGUUUUCCCUCGUUUGUCGCCAAUGCACAGUGCAGUUUUCUCUUUAUGUCGCGGCGCACAGUGCAGUUUGCCUUUUUGUCGCUGACGCACCGUGCAAUUUUAUUUCCUUUUGAAAUCUCUUGCCGUCGCAAAGCGAUGAAGGCCGAUUCCAAGACGCGACGAAUCCCCAUUAUUUUCCCGACGGACUGAUAUUAAAAUUUCCUUUUUUAGCAACAUGCAAUUGCUCUCAUUGGUCGUCGUUCUCACCGCGCUUGUGCUCACAACCGCGCAAUGGCAUGGCUCCUGCCAAACCGAGAAGGAAUGUGGCGCGGAGUGCGCCAAGUUUUGCGGGUCCUCAACGUACAUUCAGCAGUGCGCCGAUGGCAAUCCGGGAGGUUGCGAUUGCUUGUGUCAGAGCCGUAAGUUUACAAUAUGAUCUAUCUCGAGAUUUUUGAAAAAUUUAUCAUCAGUCUGAGCCUCGCACAUGGGGCACUUUUAGCUAUAUUAUGACCUCUUUGACGCAUACACCCAUCUUAAAAGAUCUUCGGACCUUUCAACGAUUUUAUAAUGCGUUUGCGACUAAUUAUCAUAACUAUUAUAUUAGUUAUGACAAUUUUCGUGUUUAAAGGUUAAAAUCAAUUUCUUGUUUUCAGCCUGCAUGCGAGAGAAAGGACGUUCCUGCCAGACCGUGUUCCUCUACUAUGCCAAGGAUCGGAGGCAUUAG